CUAUAUGUGAGGUAUUAUAGGCUGUCAAUACAAGUAAGACGUGGGCAUGAUUCUGCGAGGGCCGAAAUGGGCAGCGCUGUUUGGAAAGGAUGGGCUGCAGCCAAUGCGCGGCUUCGACUGGCACAUUGCAUAUUAAUUUGCCUUUGGAGAGACAGCGAAAGGCACCCGGAUCCCGUUGAGAGGACAGAGGACACGACCAGUCAAGUGCAGAAGACGGUUGCGGAGGGGGACAGGGGCAUUGAACGAUUGACCCGGACACCGGAUAGAGGCCGCUGGGCUGUCGGCAGACGGGAGCGCGUUCCUCGUUCCUCUUGCGCGCGCCGGCAUGGCUCUCACCCGCUUGCGAGUUCAGCACCCAUCAUCUGCACACCAUGAUCUCAUCGCGGCCCCGCCGCCGCCGUUGAAUGGCGAUGGCGCCAGAGGUGCUGUAACGGGCGCCAGGGGGGUGACGAGGCAUGGCACUUUGGACAACAGGGCCUGCGAGUCGCGACACCUGGGCACCUUUGCAACGCUAAACGUUAAAAAAUAUGCGCGGACUGACUCUCUGAACGCUGGGCCUUCUUUUUUGCCUUCUCGAACAACACCAAUCUCGCUUGGCCAGGGGCCCCCGAACCCGAAUGCGGAUCAGGACAGCAUAUUCUGGUUGUCAGUCUGCUUGACCUCCAACCGUCCCAGCGGUGCGCUCGCCCUGGGUGGUGCUGCCCACCCUAAGACCCUAUCAUCCGGGGUUAUAAUGCGGAGGCUAAUCCCUUCAUUAUUAUUUAGCAUCCAGCGCUGGUCAACGUGGAGCAUUGGACUGAACCAACGGACCAUGGCAACCGUGAACGAAACGUCGUGGUGAUUACACCGAGCACACCAAUUUUCCUCAAUUCAGCUUCUGCAGCACCGCUACUUCACUGUGUCACUGCUCCUCCGAUACAGUGGCACCAGGGUUGCCACCUGUUUCUUCACCUAUACCGGUCUCUCGAUUCUUU